GUAAAAGUGCUUGUUAAAAAUUAGGAAAAGAACAUUUCACAUCCAUGGCUUUUUGCAGUAGGCAAAAUUGCAGGAUGUUUUCAAAGUCAGGACAGUGAUGCAGGAAUACUUCAAUUAUUGUUGUACAUUAUUAAUACUGUUGCCGGGCAAGAUCUGUGGUUCUCUGGUCAGCAAGUUCUGGCAAUGAAGCCACUGGCGCUGAUGCAAAGACUUCUGGGAUGCCUGACAGUGAAAUGGAUGGAAGGACUCACAUUCCAUCUCUACUUAAUGUCCUUUUGUCCAGAAAUCGGGUCAUGCAGAUGAACUACUUGAAAAGUAAAGAACAAGGCUAUGGAAAGCUAAGCAGUGAUGAAGACCUCGAAAUAAUUGUUGAUCAGAAGCAGGUAGUAGGUGUAACCUUGAAGAAAAAAUGGCACUGUCUUCAAAAAAGUGACCUGACCCUGGCUUUGGGCAAAGGCUCUAGGGCUGCAGAUAAGGCUGUUGCCAUGGUGAUGAAGGAGAUACCGAGGGAGGAGUCUGCAGAAGAAAAGCCCCUCCUUACUGUGACAUCACAGCUGGUGAGUGAGCAACAAGAAAGCAGACCUCUCCUGAGCCCCUCCAUCGAUGACUUCCUCUGUGAAACCAAAUCCGAGGCCAUUGCAAAGCCAGUAACAUCCAACACAGCCGUAUUGACCACUGGAUUGGAUCUCCUUGACUUGAGUGAACCUAUCUCUCAAACCCAAACCAAAGCCAAGAAAUCAGAGCCCUCAUCAAAGAGCUCAUCCCUUAAGAAGAAAGUUGAUGGCUCUGAUCUCAUCAGUGCAGAUGCUGAGCAGAGGGCCCAGGCUCUCCGGGGCCCGGAGACAUCAUCCUUAGACUUAGACAUUCAAACACAACUAGAAAAAUGGGAUGAUGUCAAGUUUCAUGGUGAACGAACCAGCAAGGGACAUCUCAUGGCUGAAAGGAAGUCAUGCUCAUCUAGAGCUGGAUCCAAAGAGCUCCUGUGGUCCUCAGAACAUAGAUCUCAGCCAGAACUGAGCACUGGGAAAAGUGCCCUAAACUCCGAGUCAGCUUCCGAGUUGGAACUUGUGGCUCCAGCACAGGCUCGGCUCACCAAAGAGCAUCGCUGGGGGAGUGCUCUGCUCUCCAGGAACCAUUCCUUAGAAGAGGAGUUUGAAAGAGCAAAAGCAGCAGUAGAGUCAGAUACGGAGUUCUGGGAUAAGAUGCAGGCAGAGUGGGAAGAAAUGGCCCGGAGGAAUUGGAUAUCUGAGAACCAGGAAGCCCAGAACCAAGUCACUGUGUCAGCCAGUGAGAAGGGUUAUUACUUCCACACGGAAAACCCCUUCAAGGACUGGCCUGGAGCAUUUGAGGAAGGCUUAAAAAGGCUGAAAGAAGGAGACCUGCCUGUCACCAUCCUGUUCAUGGAAGCAGCAAUUCUUCAGGACCCUGGAGAUGCUGAGGCAUGGCAGUUUCUUGGUAUAACCCAGGCAGAGAAUGAAAAUGAACAAGCAGCCAUUGUCGCCCUCCAGAGGUGCCUGGAGUUGCAGCCCAACAACUUGAAAGCUCUGAUGGCCUUAGCUGUGAGUUACACCAACACUGGCCAUCACCAGGAUGCCUGUGAGGCUCUGAAGAACUGGAUUAAGCAGAACCCAAAGUACAAACACCUUGUAAAGAACAAGAAGGGCUCUCCAGGCCUCACUCGACGGAUGUCUAAGUCGCCAGUUGACAGUUCUGUUCUGGAAGGAGUGAAGGAAUUAUACCUGGAAGCUGCCCACCAAAAUGGUGACAUGAUAGAUCCAGACCUACAAACAGGCCUUGGAGUUCUGUUCCACCUGAGCGGGGAGUUCAACAGAGCAAUCGAUGCAUUUAAUGCUGCCUUAACUGUUCGGCCAGAGGAUUACUCAUUGUGGAACCGUCUUGGGGCAACCCUGGCAAAUGGAGACCGCAGUGAGGAAGCUGUGGAGGCCUACACGAGAGCACUGGAGAUCCAGCCAGGCUUCAUCCGCUCCAGAUACAACCUGGGAAUCAGCUGCAUCAACCUGGGUGCCUACAGAGAAGCGGUCAGCAAUUUUCUCACUGCCCUCAGUUUGCAAAGAAAGAGCAGGAACCAGCAGCAAGUCCCUCACCCUGCCAUCUCGGGGAACAUCUGGGCUGCCCUCAGAAUUGCGCUGUCACUGAUGGACCAGCCAGAACUCUUCCAGGCAGCCAACCUUGGUGACUUGGAUGUCCUCCUAAGAGCUUUCAACUUGGAUCCUUAAAUGGAAAGGAGGAAGUACAGAAUAAGCCCUCAUCUGUUACUAUACUAAAAAGGGACAAAACUAUUUUAUUAUGGAUUUCCAAAAAGAGAUUUUUUUUAAGGCUAAAGCAGAGAGUCAAAGGUCAUGUAACCCAAGGGAAUCGAUUACUAUAGACAAUCCCCAGCCUCUGUUCAGAUCCAUAAGCACAAAGUCAAGGUUGGGCUCAGUAGAGGAACUAAGAUUCUCAAGACAAACCAAGAUA